GGGGGCGCUGUGAGCAGCUGAACUCCCGGGGAAGAUGGCGGCGGCGGCGCGGGCGGUUGGCGGCGGCGCGCGGCGGUGUCAGAGUUUCGGCUUCUGCUUCGGGAAGACGUCGUGGCUGCGGCAGGUCCAUGUGCACCAUUACAGGUGCUGUGGGAGUCUGCCAUUUGUGAAACCCCAAUUGCCUGUCUUUCUCAAGUUCUCUCUCGCAGACAACACACAGAUCAGAUUCUUCAGAUCCACUGCUGUUGCCAAUGGACAGGUCGUUCAGUUCAAACUUUCUGAUAUUGGAGAAGGAAUUGUAGAGGUUAAUGUGAAAGAAUGGUAUGUGAAGGAAGGAGACACAGUUUCACAGUUUGAUAGUAUCUGUGAAGUUCAGAGUGAUAAAGCAUCUGUUACAAUCACAAGCCGCUACGAUGGAGUGAUUCGCAAACUUUACUACAAUGUAGAUGACACAGCUUUUGUGGGGAAGCCACUGGUGGAUAUAGAGACAGAGGCUGUGAAAGAUGUGGCCUCCGAGCAGGAUGUUGUAGAAGCUCCAGCCGUGUUGAAUGAGGAACAUACACACCAGGAAAUAAAGGGCCAAAGAACUCUAGCAACUCCAGCCGUGCGCAGGCUGGCCGUGGAGAACAAUAUAAAACUAAGUGAAGUGGUGGGGACUGGAAAAGAUGCACGAAUUCUUAAAGAGGAUAUACUGAACUACUUGGCCAAACAAACCGGAGCCAUUUUACCCCCAUCACCCGAGAUUCGUCCACCAUCACCAUCUCCGGCCAGACCAGCAGUGCCAUGUAUCCCUACACCAACAUUCACUGGGAAAGAUAGAACUGAACCAGUGAAAGGAUUCCAGAAGGCGAUGCUGAAGACCAUGUCUGCGGCCCUGAAAAUCCCUCACUUUGGCUAUUGUGACGAGGUGGAUGUGACUGAGUUGGUGAGAACAAAGGAAGAACUGAAGAAAGUGGCUCUGGCUCGGGGAAUCAGACUCUCUUUCAUGCCGUUCUUUUUAAAGUCAGUAUCGCUGGGUUUGCUGCACUUUCCCAGCCUGAACGUGACAUUGGAUGAAAACCAGAAUAUCACUUAUAAGGCUUCACAUAACAUUGGAAUAGCAAUGGAUACAGAGCAAGGGCUGCUCGUUCCUGUUAUUAAGGAUGUUCAGGUUCUGAGUAUCUUUGAGAUUGCAGCAGAACUGAACCGAUUACAGACUCUGGGCACCUCAGGGCAGCUGGGGACCAACGAUCUGACCGGAGGGACGUUCACUCUCUCAAACAUCGGUUCAAUUGGUGGCACUUAUGCAAAGCCAGUGAUUCUCCCCCCGGAGGCAGUGAUCGGAGCAGUGGGAAGGAUACAGGUCCUGCCCCGAUUUAAUAGCAAAGGUGAAGUGAUCAGAGCUCACAUCAUGAAUGUCAGCUGGUCGGCCGAUCACCGGAUUAUUGACGGGGCCAGUGUGGCUCGCUUCUCAAACCUGUGGAAAUCUUACUUGGAAAAUCCAGGGUCCAUGUUACUUGAUUUAAAGUGAGGAAGGGCGGAGGCAACGAGCAGAGCUAUAAGGGAUUGGGUGCAGUUAUUUUAUUUUGGCCUUGCUGUGAUUAUAAGUGCUGCCUCUACUUGUUUGUAUUCUAUACAGCGGUUUGUCUAGAUUCAUCCCUGUUCUUUACAAGUUAGGUUCCUGCCUCUGUGUCACUGCAAUCAGAAAUUGAAGUAGGGGUGAUUUAUACUAAGGCUGUGUCAGCCUCUUCUCCCCCCAAUAAACCGGUGCUUAGUAUAACUGACUAAUGUAGUGAGAACAUUGCUCUCAUCUCUGCACUCUUCAUGACCCUGACACUUUCAGCCUGAGAGACGUCACAUCCUUUUGUUACACAAUAACGGCUGCAGAAUGACCUCUGUAAAUGUCCGAGUUUUUAAACCUGUACAAAACUCGAGAACCUUGAUACGGAUUAUGUUUAGAAUAAGCUAAUUGUCUUUUUAGCACAGAAAAUACUACUCUGUUCAAAAAGUGUUAAUGUAAACCAUCCAAUGGCAUUAAUAUGGAACUUUCUGGACCUGAUUUUUUAAAAAUAGUCCAAAGAUUACGCACAGAUAAAUAAAUUGUUCCGAUCUUUACAGGAUUGGUUCCAAUAAAUAUUAUUGAAAACAAUAACCAUGA